UACGUGCUUGUGAUGUGAAUUUCCCAUUCACUCUCUUGAUUGUCACAUUGGACAAUUCGUGGCUGAUGGUGAAGCGGAUUCGCGGUUCAGCCAAUCAGCGUCCUCCCAUGGGCGGAUGUGGUUUGCGGGGAAAUCGCACCAAUCACAGCGCCGCGCCUUCCUCGCAAGGGCGGUGCUUAGCCGCUCAAAGGAAAGUUGGCACACAUCAGUCACGCGCCGCUCUCCGCUCUCAUUGGUCCACCAUUUUGAGUGAGGUGGGUCUUGACGCUCACCGAGUAAGCCACUGUUGAAAUUCCAAUGCUAACUAACUUUAGCCAGCGUGCUAACAUGUAACAGUGAAUUUUGAGAAGCUGCUUUCAUUGCGCUACUGUGGACUUGAGUGUUAGUUCGUCUCCACUUGGGGCGGAUAUUCAAAUAAACACAAUCGUCUUGAUGUGUGCUACUGCGCGUGUCUCCGUUACCGCAGCCAGGUCAUGUCCAGUUAGCCAGAACGCAGCAGUUGCUGGAUAACGAACCUGGCAGGCGAGCUAGCCAGCCAGCCAGCCCAUUCGGGACUGGGUCUGCGCGGAGGGAUUUGUGCAGGAUUUGUCGCCCGGAGAGGACGCCAAAAGCCGGAUGCUGUGACUACCAUGAGUCCCGCAGGCUGCCCCCAUGUCAGCGGCUUCAAAGUGGAUAACUGGAAGCAGAACCUGAGAGUCAUUUAUCAGUGUUUCGUGUGGAGCGGGUCAGCCGAGACCAGAAAACGCAAGGCCAAGUCAUGCAUCUGCCACAUGUGCGGUGCCCACCUGAACCGACUCCACUCCUGCCUCUACUGCGUCUUCUUUGCCUGCUUUGCCAAGAAACACAUCCACGAACAUGCCAAGAGCAAAAGGCAUAACCUAGCGAUCGACCUGCUGUACGGGGGAAUCUACUGCUUCAUGUGCCAAGACUACAUUUAUGACAAAGACAUGGAACAGAUUGCCAAAGAGGAACAAAGGAAAGCCUGGAAAAUGCAAGGCAUCGGAGAGAAGUACUCGACAUGGGAGCCCACGAAGAGGGAGCUGGAACUUCUACGCCACAACCCCAAGAGGAGAAGAAUCACAUCCAACUGCACCAUCGGCCUGCGCGGACUGAUUAACUUGGGCAACACGUGCUUCAUGAACUGCAUCGUCCAGGCACUGACACACACGCCGCUGCUGCGUGACUUCUUCCUAUCUGACCGGCACAAAUGUGAGAUGCAGAGCAACUCCUGCUUGGUGUGUGAGAUGUCGCAACUCUUCCAGGAGUUCUACUCAGGCCACCGAUCGCCUCAUAUCCCUUUCCGCCUCCUCCACCUGGUGUGGACUCACGCCCGCCACCUGGCCGGUUACGAGCAGCAAGACGCCCACGAGUUCCUCAUCGCGGCACUGGACGUCCUGCACAGACACUGCAAAGAUGACAACGGGAAGAAAGCCAACAACCCAAACCAUUGUAACUGCAUCAUCGACCAAAUCUUCACAGGGGGCCUGCAGUCUGACGUCACCUGUCAAGUCUGCCAUGGCGUUUCAACGACCAUAGACCCGUUCUGGGACAUCAGCCUGGACCUGCCGGGGUCCUCCACACCUUUCUGGCCGCUCAGCCCUGGAGGAGACGGAUCAGCACUCAACGGGGAGAGUCACGCCACUGGAGCCACAACGCUCACCGAUUGUCUGCGCAGGUUUACCAGACCAGAGCACCUCGGCAGCAGCGCUAAGAUCAAGUGCAGCGGUUGCCAUAGUUACCAGGAGUCCACCAAGCAGCUGACCAUGAAGAAGCUCCCCAUCGUGGCCUGCUUUCACCUCAAAAGGUUUGAACAUUCGGCCAAACUACGGCGGAAGAUCACAACUUAUGUCUCCUUCCCACUGGAGCUGGACAUGACUCCCUUCAUGGCCUCCAGUAAAGAGAGCAGGAUGAACGGACAGUACCAGCAGACGGUGGAUCCCUUCAACAACGACAACAAGUAUAGUCUAUUUGCUGUGGUAAACCACCAGGGGACACUAGAGAGCGGCCAUUACACCACCUUCAUCCGGCAGCACAAAGACCAGUGGUUCAAAUGUGACGACGCCAUCAUCACCAAGGCCAGCAUCAAGGAUGUGCUGGACAGUGAGGGGUACCUUUUGUUUUACCACAAACAGUUCCUGGAGUACGAGUAGUCGCCUCCAUCAGCGCAGCUCGCAGGACAGAAAGAGGGACGACGCGAGGAGGAAGGAGUUGCAUGGGAACAGGUAACGGGAGACAUCAGAGAGGUGAAGGAAACACAAACACAAGCCUACCUGAAUCGUUUCGCACUUGCAGCUCUCACUCUUAACAUGGAACCACCUUUGCUCACACACUAUAAUCCAGUCUGUAUGACACUCGAGGCAGAACAAUCUCUUCUUAACUGUGGGCGGAAAAUACAAGAAAACUGGGAGGAUAUGUUUUGUUCGGGCACUGAAGGAAUAUUGUAUCUCUUUCGCUGGAUUUCAGGGGAUUAAAAGAAGAAAACCGCUGUGAUAAUCUGCUACGUGAGUGGAAAUACUGAAACAGAAAGAUGGGCAGAUUUUUUGUUUGUUUGUUUGUUUUUUUUAAACCGUAGUUGAUCUGGGGAAGGUUUACAUGAUCACGAAUGCUGUUCUUCACCAGUGUCCUGCUUCACGCUCACACGGCUGCAUAUAUUUACACCUAAGGGUGCUAAGAAACAGAACCUACUCUUUUUUUUUUCACACUCACACUCCUCCAAAUGACCAAAUAUUUCAA